CCGCCCCCUCCCCGCCCCACCGUCCCUGCGGCUGCGCACUCGCAGGGUUUUGCGGCCGUGCUUCUUGACGGCAGCGGGUCCCGCCCCCAGGCCGGCGUUGCCGGGGUAACGGCGCGCGCGUGGGGCGCUCGGAGCCCUGGGACAUGGCGGAGGCCGUUUUCCGCGCCCCGAAGCGGAAGAGGCGCGUGUACGAGAGUUUCGAGGGCCCCUUGCCGCUGCCCCUCGGGCCCAGGAAGGAUUUCAGGCUGUUCCGUGCGGAGCUGCAGGAUGGCAACGUGAUGGUGCGAGACGCGGCGGAGAUGGAGCAGCUGUACGGGAAGGGCUACUUUGGGAAGGGCGUCUUCUCCAGAAGCCGGCCCAGGCUCGCAGUCUCGGACCCCAAGCUGGCUGCGAGGUGGAAAGACGUGAAGACGAACAUGCCCAUAAUCACCUCAGAGAAGUACCGGCGCGGGCUGGAGUGGGCAGCGGAGCGCCUGCGGAGGCAGGGCCGGGACGAGAGCGCGGUGCAGAGCGCCCUGCGGGACCUCGCCCGGCCCUGCGCGCUGCCCGGGGCGGGAGGCUGCUCGGAGCCGGAGCUGCCCGCGGAGCCCGACGCCAGGAGGCCGGGGACAGAGGCCCCUGCCACCAAGAACGGCCAGUCCAGCGCGGCAGCCGACGGGGAGGGGCCCGGGCAGGACCCCCAGACUCCCAACGGCCUGGCGGGGUGCGGGGACGCGGCCCCGGCUCCCCUCGCCCCAGCCCUGCCCGCGGCCGGUGCUCCGCAGGGCCCCAGCGAUGAGUUCGUGCUCGUGGACGAGAGCCAGGAGGCCCCGGGCGGGGACCUGGGGCAGGCCCGGGGGCUCGUGUGCCGGCGGAACCCCUACAGGACCCCGGAGUAUCUGCAGCUCAGCCGGGAAGAGGCCUUCUUCCUGGUGUACGCGCUGGGCUGUCUGAGCGUUUAUCAGGAGGAGGAGCCCUUGACCAUUCUGCAGCUCUGGGGGGUCUUCACGGCCGCUCAGCCCUCGUUCAGGACCACCUACAUGGCGUACCACUACUUCCGCAGCAAGGGCUGGGUGCCCAAAGUGGGCCUCAAGUACGGCACAGAUCUGCUGUUGUACCGGAAAGGCCCGCCCUUCUACCACGCAAGCUACUCGGUCAUCGUCGAGCUCGUGGACGACGAGCGCUUCCAGGGGCCCCCCCGCAGACCCCUCAGCUGGAAGGCGCUGGCGGCCCUGAGCAGAGUGUCCGUGAACGUGUCCAAGGAGCUGAUGCUGUGCUACCUGAUCAAACCCGCCUCCAUGACAGACACAGACCUGGAGUCCCCGGAGUGCAUGAAGCACAUCAGAGUCCAGGAAGUGAUCCUGAGCCGUUGGGUGUCUUCCCGGGAGAGGAGCGACCAGGACGACCUCUAGCCGCCCGCCUGUCCUGGGCGAGGUGCGAUGGACUGGACAGUGCGACGCACCCGGCACGGGAGGGUCCGUGUCUGGGGCAGCAGCACCUGACUCCACGCUCGGCCCGGAGCCGUCCCCCCCCCCCCCGCGGGCUGCGAGGGCCGCCGGGACCCGAGGACCCCCGGGCCGGAAGUGAGGACAGCACUCGGCUCUGGCGGGGCAGCGCCUGCAGGCCCUGGUGGCCAGAGCCCCCCAGUCCACUCCCGAGCGAGCAAGAGAGGUGUGGGGGGCCCAGGCUCCCGCCUCGUACAGAGACGGCGGGUCUCCGAGUCCCAGAGCGUCGAGAGCUCGGGCACUCGGGCCGCGUCUCCCUCGACAGCCAAGCCUCGGGCCUGAGCCUCAGCACACAGUGACUUAGACCAGUACCUGUCUCGGGCCUGAGCCUCAGCACGCGGACACAGUGACUUACACCAGUACCCACCUUGGGCGUGAACCUCAGCACAUGGACACGUGAUUUAGAGCAAUAUGCAUCAGACAAGGCUCUCUGCAGCACAAAGUAUUAAAGACAUUAACUACAGUUUUGGUGGUGGCGUGUGUGUGCGUGUGUGUGUGCAUGUGUGUGUGUAAGUGUAUGGGGGUUGUGAGUGUAUGGAGGGCUCUGGGAAGGUGUAUGGGGUGUGUGUGAGUGUGUGUGUGUGUGUUUGUGUGUGUGUAUGGGGGG